GAGAGAGUUUUUCUCUCGAUUUCUUUUUCUUCUUAUCUCUUUAAAAUCUUUCAGAAGAAAAGAUUUCGCCGACUGUUUUUUGGUUUUCCAUUUCCAGAUCUUUCUGGUUAUGGCUCCCGUUUGAUCGGGCUUUGAUUCCAGGAAGUAACGGUUCCUUCAACGUUAUCUUCGCCGGCUUUUGUCUCCGGGAAGAGAUGUUCCCGUUAAAUCUCUUCGCCGGCUCCUCUCCGGGUUUUUUCCCGGUUCAGUUUGAUUGCCGCUUUAGCCCUUCCUUGUUCCAUCGACUCUUGAUUUAAUCCUUCGAAGAUCGAAGUUCUUUUAGAUCGAUUGUAGACGGUGGCUUUUCCCGAAGCGGUGGUCCGGUUGCGUCUUGGUCCUUUGUAAGAUCACUUUGUUGGUCUUUCACUGAUCCUUCUCCGCGGUGGCGGAGCUCCGACGUGACUCUUCCGGUGGAGGUGGUGGUGCUUCGUCUUGACGCGUAUCAUAGAGUCGUUCGUCGCUCUGACACGUGGUGGCAAGUGUCGCCGACCUUCCUCAACGGUUUCUCUCCAUUGGGCUAUAGACCCAUGGUGUUUUGUAAAUGCGGCCCGUUUGUUGGGCUUUCUGUUUUCUUUGUGUUGGGCUGAUUCCCUUGUUGGGCUCUGUCCCGUUUUAAUAAAAUUUCCAGUUGACAAAAAAAAAAGAUGAUUUUUUAUUGGAGAUGUUUGGUAGAAGCUCUCGUCAUUGGUCGAGCAACCGGUCGGUUUUCACUUUUCAGGAGAAGAAGAAGAAACAAAACCAGAUUCGCCUCUCUCUCUCUCUCUCUGCAAAAUCGAGACGUUGUCGGAAUCGCACUUCUUCUUCUUCUUGUUCAAUCCACAAUCAUUCGAAAUUCAAGAAAGAUGGUGGUGUCGCCAAAGAUAGCUCCUUCAAUGCUGUCUUCGGACUUUGCAAAUCUAGCCGCAGAGGCCAAGCGGAUGGUUGAUUUGGGCGCUGACUGGCUUCACAUGGACAUCAUGGACGGGCAUUUUGUCCCAAAUCUAACCAUUGGUGCUCCUGUCAUCGAGAGUUUGAGAAAGCACACAAGUGCAUAUCUUGAUUGCCACCUAAUGGUGACGAACCCCAUGGAUUACGUGGAGCAGAUGGGUAAAGCUGGGGCGUCUGGUUUCACAUUCCACGUUGAGGUGGCCAAAGAGAACUGGCAAGAACUUGUGAGUAAGAUUAAGUCUGCAGGGAUGAGGCCAGGUGUGGCUCUAAAACCUGGAACACCUGUUGAAGAAGUCUAUCCCCUGGUUGAAGGGGAAACUCCGGUAGAAAUGGUGCUAGUGAUGACAGUGGAGCCUGGAUUUGGAGGUCAGAAGUUCAUGCCCAGCAUGAUGGACAAGGUCCGGGCACUGAGGCAGAAGUAUCCUACGCUAGAUAUUGAGGUGGACGGAGGGUUAGGCCCAUCGACUAUAGAAGCAGCGGCUGAAGCAGGGGCCAACUGUAUCGUAGCUGGAAGUUCAGUGUUUGGAGCUCCGGAGCCAGGGAAAGUCAUUUCCCUUUUGCGGACCAGUGUUGAGAAAGCCCAACCCACCACCUGAGUGCACUGCCCGUUUCUAAUAUUUAUGCACCCACCAAAGGCAAUAAUAAUUUUACGACAACUAUAUUUUAAGAGCUGAAACAUACAAAAAGAAUCGUUCAAACAUUUCCUUAGUAGUUUGAUGAUAUUGCACUUGUGUAAUGGAAUGUUUCGUAUUGUCAAGCAAACUUGGUCUUUUUUUUUAAA